CUUAAUAAAUGGUUCAGUUCAUGUUGCACAUCACCCUAUCGUGGCUACACAAAAACAUCUUUUAAAAUUUUCCACAUGUGUGUAGCCUAUGGCAAACGGCACAGGGACGAGCCUUAUCGUGCGUUACUGGUGUGAACGCGCCUUAAAUGUCCAGAAUAACACGGUAAUGCAUUAAAAAACAAAGCUGUAAUAUCCAUGUGGUGUAAAACAUGGCAUUACCACGGUUUUCUCUUAGGCGUCGCGAGGCUCUGAUAUUCCAGAUGAGCGUGACGCAGGAGUUCCUCAUUAAGCUAAUGGACUGAUCUGAGAUCUGAUACAGUCCAACUCCAGAUCACUUACAGAUCACAUCAGCGCGUCGCGAUCCUCUGUUCUCCUGCCCGAGGCGUCGAUCGCGCGCCGACGCGCCGCAGGUGAGACAUCUGAUGCUCUUCAUGACGCGUCGCGAACACACGCGAGGAAGAUGAUGAAGAGGAAGAGGAUGAUGAUGUGAAUCUGAGGAGGAUUCGCUGCUGGAAUGAUCUACGAUGGUGGUCAAUGAUAUCUCGAUCUGUGUUGUUGUUGUUGUUGUUGUUUGCGGAGUGCGAUGAAGAUGAUGUUUAUGUCCUGUGAUGAAGAUGUGCGCGAUGUUUGGACUGUGAUGAAGAGGAUGUUUGCGGUGUGUGGAUGAAGAUGAUGUUUAUGGUGACUGGAGCGGUUCUGGUGCUGGCCAUCGUGUGUAUGUCCGACAUGAACGCGCUGCUGGACCGAUUUCACAACUUCAUCCUGCCGCGCAUGCGCGGACCCGAGCGCGUGUGUCACUGUACCUGCGGCAGACAUCUUGUGGAGCACGUGAUCCCGUACGAGGCCUCGGUCUCCCUCGGCUCCUCGGCCGGCAGCAGCGUCAGCAAGCAGGAGCUGGAUCUGGUGCUCGGGCUCCUGAUGGGCUUCUGCAUCAGCUGGAUCCUGCUGUGGCUCGACGGGGCGCUUCACUGCGCACUGCGCUUCUGGAGGACCAGCAGAGCCUGCGGUGCAGACGGUGAGCUGUGGCACUCGUGGCGUUGGGUGUGUCGUGUGUGUAACCUGAGGGAGCUGCGCAGACGCUUGCAGACGCGCCGCACGCCGGAGGACUCUGGGAAUAACGUGGUUCACGUCAAGCAGAAGCUUUACCACAACGGCCACCCGAGCCCCCGCAGACUCUGACACACACACACACACACACACACUUAUCCUCAUGUUCUCAGUGUUUCUGCUUGCUGUGUGUGUUUCACAGGGGUUGUGUGUGUUAGUUUUGUAGGGGUCUUCCCGUCACCUGAGGGGGGUUUGCAUUUUUUAGACCAAUCUUUGUGUACCGGGUAACAGUGUCUGUUUUAGAAACAAGGCAUGCUGGGUAAUCUCUGAUGUUUAGCUGGCGUCUGACGGCCAGAGAGUCAAUCUGCUGCUGUAUUCAGUGUGUGUGUGACAUUAAACUGAUGGAGGACAAAUCAAGACGUUCUUCAUGAAAUAUUA